AUGGAGGUUUCUAAUUUUACAUAGUUCGUGAAAGACGAUCUCGAUCAAGAUCUCUUGAAAAACAAAAAAAAAAUAAGAAAAAUACGGGAACCAAUUUGAAAAAUAAAAUUUGAAGGCUUUGACCCGGCCCAAUUUUGCCUGAUCUCGAGUUUGGGUGAUCCAAACCGUAUAAAUAAAGUCAGUAAAUAGUAAGUCUGGGUGGUGUUUUUGUUUUGUUUUGACAUUUUAUAGUUUUUCCGAAUUGAUUUAAAUAAAAAACAGAUUAGUUUUGAGGAAAAAAAGACUAGGGAAAAUUGGGGGUCUGAGAAUCAACAUUGGGUUAACUGGGCCAGGCUUGGAAAUAAAAAAGGAAAAUAUGAAGUGGAAUAGUUCAGUCCCAAAUCCCCUAAAUCAGAGAGUAUGGUAUGGUGAUAACUGGGAGAGGCAAGAGAGGAUGGAGGAGAAAAAGAGGGAAACAGAGGAGAAAAAGUGGGAAAUGCGAAAAAAAGAUUGUUAUAGCUCCGACUCCAACGAAGAAGCAGAAGAAGAGGAUGGAGCGAAGUCUGCUUCUACAGUCUCAGGAGGAGCGAAGUCGAAAGGAACUUAAAGGUUAUCUAGUUGCGGCGAUGGCUCUUAUUGACAUGGUCAGUGACAAACUUAAAGCGGAUGAACUUAAAGAUUAUCUAGUUGGGGCAAUGACUCUUAUCGGCAUGGUCAGUGACAAACUUGAAGAUGAAGAAGAAGCGGAUGAUGUCACAGUACAUGCGAUCUUGAUAGUGCAGUCCAAUGGAGAAUGGAACAAUCGCACGGUGUGUGAUGCGAAUAUUUGCGGUGUCGUUCAGCCAGCCAAGAUUAAAAGGGGCUGGGUGUUUUUCUCUUGCAAUGCUUCUUCCGAUAUCACACUACGGCAACUUCCAGAAUCAAUGACAAAACUGCAGAUACGGCCCUUGAUUGUGCAAGUGGAACGAAAAAUAUUUGUCUGUAACCACUUGUCAUCAGGUUGUUGAGGUGCGAGACAGGCACGGCGGAGUACCAGUAGUCGUCCAUGAUCACCUGUCGUCGGGUGAACUUCAUGGUCGUCUGUUUGGUCGUCCUCAUCUUGUGAGUCAUACACCUCUUGUUCGUCAAUUGUAUCAUCAAUGAUUAAUCCUCGGUGUGUGGCAUGUGGACAUGCAGUUUGUCGAUGUCCUUGUUCACCGCACGAGUAACAACGCAAGGCAUUCGGUCGAGUUGAACUGCGUAGUUGUUGCUCGUCUUGUGUGGUGGUCUUAGCCGCUGAAGUAGAGCACUCGGCGUUUUCCUUUGUGGAGGGCGACAGUGUGGUGCUCCCCGGAGUAUCUUGAGGACGGGAUCGAGAUGAUGAUGAAUUCCACUUAGACGACCGAGGCUGCUGCUCGAAUGAUGUUGUACGUCGAUGGGCUUCCCCGACUGUUAAACGAUCGAACUGUGCCAUUGCUGUCUGGAGUUGUGGUCAUAAUCCUCCAAUAAAGUGGGAUACAAGUUGAACUUGGCUGUCAUUGAUCUUGUUACGAGUCAAUAACAAAGCAAAUUCUUCCGCAUAUUCGUCCACAGUACGGUUACCUUGGCGGAGAUUUUGCAAUCUCGUGUACAUGGUGCGUUCGUAGUUGUGUGGUAAGAAGGUUUGCCGAAGAUGUUUUGUUAACUUUUCCCAUGACUGGAUCGGAGAUUUGCCGGUACGAGAACGAGUUGUUUUAAUCUGCUUCCACCAAGUUGCGGCGUGCCCUCGGAAGCGCAUAGCCACAAGAGAGACGCGACGUGUCGGUGAAACUUGCUUGAACUUGAGGAUUUCCUCAACCGAGAUCAUCCAGUCGAUGAGAUCGUCACCUCGGAGACCACCGUGAAAUUCUGCUCAUCUUCGUCGUCGGAGUGAACGAGUUGUGGUAUGUCUUCACCCUUGGAUUGUAACGUCUGUGUUGGUUUUGUUGUCGCUGAUGUUGGAAUGGGGCGGGAAGGUGUCGUUGAGGUUGUGGUUGUGGUGGCGGUAGGUGUUGUUGGGGAUGUUGAAGUGGAGGAAGACGCCGUUGUGCUGGUGGUAGCGGAGCUUGAACACCGUGUUCGGCUUGAGGGUCCAAACGAGGCGCCAAAGUUGUGGUUAGAGCAUCUAAAUGGGUUGCAAGCAUCUCGCUUAGUUGCUGGAUCGAAGUUUGAGUUGCAGUCUGCAUAUCCACAAGAAGGGUUCAUAGUUCAGAAAAGUCCGGCGUGGCUUCCUCCGGGUUGUGAUCCUGCAUGUCACCACCGCCAGCUCAUGUUUUCUUAGUCAUCGAAAACUGAAGUUUUCCCGAAACAUACUGAUUCUGAUACCAACUGAUAGGGUGCGGAAGCUAUAUAACGCAAAGAUCAAGGGUUUGAUCUUUGACUCGGUUUCUUGUCGUCGAAGUUAAUUCGAAAACAAGAUGGAUAAGGAAGAAGGGCGCGAAUACUCUUCUCAGUGCUCGUGAAAUCUCUUAAAGAAACUCAAUAUCUUAUAAAAAUCAAUCGUGCUUACAAAGGUCUAAAUAGCAUCGCUAUAUAUACUAGCGAAGAAUGACCUAAUUCCGAAAGGAUUAAUGAAAUCUUUUUCCUAAUAGAAAA